AUGACUGUUGAUCAAGCUGGGGAGGUCCCCACUGGAUCUCCUCACACAUUUGCUAGCUUUUUCCAAAAACCAUUGGAUGCCCCUUUAUCCAAAGGUUCUCUGAUCAUUAAGGAGGUGAGACUCAUCAAUGGGUCCCCCGUCCUUGAAUAUAAAGAUGAUGAGUAUGAUCAAUUGGUUGCCCCUCACCAAUUGAGUUUGAUUGGGAAGUUCUCUUACGGCCGGCCUAAAAUGGAUGAUAUCCAUAAGGAGUUCAAGAAACUAGGAUUUCAUGGCGGUUAUACUCUUGGCCUCAUGAACCCUAGACACGUUCUUAUUCAAUUUGAGAAGGAGGAAGACUACCAAAGGUGUUGGAUUCGCACCUUCUGGAACAUAGCUGGAUUUUCAUUGCGUAUUCUUAAAUGGAGACAGGGUUUUAGAUUUGAAGAAGAUCUCCCAAUUGUGCCAAUUUGGGUCUCUCUCUUUGAUCUCCCAAUAGAAUUCCUUAACCCGGAGGUUAUUUUUUCAAUGGCAACUGCGAUGGGAAAGCCAUUGAAAGUGUAUUCUCUGACUUUGAACAUGACAAGGUCGUCGGUGGCUCGAUUUUGUGUUGAGGUUGAUCUUACAAAAGAGCUUCCAAAAUCGGUGAAAGAGGAUUGUCGUGCUGGAAUUCCGAAGUCGGUGGAAAAGAAGAACAAAUUCCCAUCCCAAAAAACUCAUGCUCGGUCAAAGGAGAUUCCGGCAGCCAAUGGAGUAGACGUGAAGCCGCAAGGUGGAACUUCGCGGUCUAACCCUCCAUCGCAGGUCGCGCAAUCAAACCAAAAGUCGCAGGGUGCAACUGUGAACCUAAAGUCGCAGGGUUCGAUGGUUAACACUAAGUCAAAGCCUGUGGAAAACCCUAAGUCCGCGAUUGGACUGUCUCACGCAGCGGCAGCCGCGGCGACUUUUGCUCAUGAAAAGGAAGCUGCGCCUGAAAACCCUAAUAUGACGGGAGCAAAUCGAUUCUCUGUUCUCGCCUCGAUUAUGGAGAUAGAUGAAGAAAUUAGCUCUGAUGAUGAAAAUGUGGAGAUUGUUUACGUGAAAGAGUCGCCAGUAAAAGCUAUGGAAGAUCUUAACCGAGCUUUGGUGUUGGUUAACUAUGUAAAGAGGAUGUUAACAGAUGAUAAUUCGAUUGGUCUCCGUAGCACUGAGGUGGAGGAUGCUGCUAAUGAUGAUGAGGUGCUACACUUUCAAGUCAAGCAUGUUUCGGCUGCCACCUCCUACUUUCUAUCCGCGGUCUAUGCUAUGUCCACCCAGACAGAUUGUGGUGCUCUUUGGGAGACCUUGGUAUCUUUUAGGCAGAAUCAUCCGGCUUCAGCUUGGAUUAUAGGUGGGGAUUUUAAUGUGAUUCGAAGUUUGGAGGAAUAUUCGGGUACUUUGGUUCAAGAUUAUAAUGCCAUUGAAGAUUAUAAUGAAUGCAUAGAGUCUUGUGGCUUGUUGGAAGCUCAUACUAUUGGCGAGGAUUAUACAUGGGGUGGUAUGAGACAAAUGGGAUGGGUGAGUAAGAAGUUGGAUAGAGUUUUGUUUUCGGAAGAAUGGGAAGAUCUCUUUUUAAACACCUCUAUAGAAAACCUCAAUCGGACAUCUUCUGAUUAUUGCCCUAUGUUGCUUACGUUUGCUUUGCAAGGGGAUAGCAAACCGCGGUUGUUUCGCUUUCAAAAUAUGUGGCUACGAAGAUCUAAUUUUUUUCAUGUUGUGCAAGAGAAUUGGGAACAGCCGGUUGAUAGCUUUGCGAUUCCCCCUCCUAAGACGGUAACUCAAGGUUUGGAGAAAAGAUGUCAAAAAUUCCUUUGGGAAGGUGCAAAUGAUGAGCGAAGAAGACAUUGGCGCCCUUGGAGUAGAAUUACUUUUCCGGUUUGUGAAAAUGGCCUUGGUUUGAGGAGUUUCCAUGAUGUCAUUGAGGCGCUAAUGGCCAAACUUUGGUGGAAGGUGAAAAAUAAAAAAGGCAUUUGGAGCUCAUUCUUGCUUUCUCUAUCAGCCACUGCUAAGGAAAAAACAUCAUGGUCGAGAAUUAUAAAGAUUGAUGCAAAGGUGGUGCCCCUAUCACAUGAUCUUAAGGUUAGUAAUGAGGUUGAAGGUGUCUUCAUUCCUACAUAUUUUGGAUUGUAUUUAUCUCGCUUGCCAAGAAGGAAGUCGCGGAUUGUAAAGUGGAUGCGGCCGGGUCCAAACUCUUUUGUCCUUAAUUGUGAUGGAUCUUCAAACCUUGAUGGGGCUGGUCAUAGUUUUGUUAUAAGGGGAGAAGAGGGUGUUUUUGUGUAUGGUGAGUGUGGCUAUCUUGGGGAUGUAGAUAGCUUCACAUUUGAGGAAAUGUGGACGCGAAGGGAUGCUUUCUUGGACAUGGUUAAAGACAAUUGGGAGCAACCGGUGUCGAAAUCAGGAAUGCUAGGGUUUUCUAUCAAACUUCGACGGUUAAAAGUGCGUCUUAAGGAAUGGAAUAAAGCGGAUUUUGAGGAUGUGCUUCAAAAUCUUAAAGAUAUGGAGGAAGCAGUCCAAGAUAAAGAGCUUGAGUUUGAUCAAAGUGGUGCAGAUUCUGCUAGGAAUUUGGAAGAGCACAAAGAGAUAGAGGUUUUAUUCAAAGUGAAGGUUUUGAGGCCAAAAAGAAAGACAAGAAAGGUAUUAAAAUGGCAUUCUCCGGAGCCAGGACAGGUUGUACUCAACAUGGAUGGAUCAGCGCUAGGGCAACCAGGACGAGCAGGAUGGGGAUAUAUUGUAAGAGGGGAGCGUGGUAGUAUUAUGUUUGCGGAAUGCAGAUAUAUGGGCGUUGCUACAAGUUAUGAAGCAGGGCUAGCUGGAAUUUAUCAUGGUCUUUCAGAAUACGGAUUGAAUAGAAAUGGAGCAAAAAGCCAAGUGCCCACCAUAAACCACAUGGACACAGUGAUCAAGAUGUAUGCAAGAGGACUUCUAUAA